GCAGGGGAGGGGAGGGGCAGCAGCACCGUUAGACCCCGAGGUCGGCGCAGCCGGAGCCGGGGACCGAGCAGCCUGCGAGUCGGCGCGGCUGGAGGCUUUAGGGAACCGCAGUUCAAAAGCCACAGAAUCUCCCCAACGCCCUUCCUCCCCAGCCUGCCCCCCGCCCUCGGCCGCCACCAUGAUGUACCUGACCACCCUGCCGCUCUUCUGGAUCAUCAUCGCCGCCUCUCGCGGCGGCCAGUGGGGGGCCUGGAUGCCCGCGUCCAUCGCCGCCUUCGAGGGCACCUGCGUGACCAUCCCCUGCCGCUUCGACUUCCCGGACGAACUGCGGCCGGCCGUCGUGCACGGCGUCUGGUACUUCAACAGCCCGUACCCCAAAAACUACCCGCCCGUGGUCUUCAAGUCGCGCACCCACGUGGUGCACGAGAGCUUCCAGGGCCGCAGCCGCCUGUUGGGCGAGCUGGGCCUCCGCGACUGCACGCUGCACCUCAGCCGCCUGACGCCGGAGCUCGGGGGCAAGUACUACUUCCGCGGGGACCUGGGCGGCUACAACCAGUACAGCUUCUCGGAGCACAGCACGCUGGCCGUCAUCGACACGCCCAGCAUCGUGGUCCCCGCGGAGGUGGUGGAGGGCAGCGCGGUGGAGGUGAGCUGCGUCGUGCCCGACAACUGCCCGGAGAUGCGGCCCUCGCUGACCUGGCUGGGGCAGGACGGACUGGAGACCCCCGCCGUGCUGGCGCGGGUCCGGGAAGACGCGGGGACGUGGCUGCAGACCUCCCUGCUCCGCUUCGUGCCCAGCCGGGCGGAGAACGGCUACCGCCUUGGCUGCCAAGUCUCCUACCCCAACACGACCCUCCAGUUCGAGGGCUACGCCAGCCUGGACGUCAAGUACCCGCCGCAGAUCGUGGAGAUGAACUCGUCCGUCGAGGCCACGGAGGGCUCCCGCGUGACGCUGCUGUGCGCGGCGGACAGCAACCCGCCCGCGCUGCUCACGUGGCUGCGGGAGGAGACCGUGCUGAGCGAGGCCGUCACGGCCAGCCUGGCCCUGGAGCUGGGCGAGGUGACCCCGGAGCACGACGGCCUCUAUUCCUGCCUGGCGGAGAACGCCUUCGGCCACGCCAACCAGACCCUCGAGCUCACGGUCAUGUACGCGCCCUGGACGCCGGUGGUGAACGGGUCGGUGGUGGCUGCGGAGGGGGAGUCCGUGUCGGUCCUGUGCUCCACCCAGAGCAAUCCGGACCCCAUCCUGAGUAUCGUCCGCGAGGACCAGGUGUUGGCCACCGGCAUCUACGAGAGCCACCUGUUGCUGGAGCUGCCGGCCGUCACGGCUGAGGACGGAGGCCUGUACUGGUGCGUGGCCGAGAACCAGUUCGGCCGCAGGGCCAGCGCCUUCAACAUCUCCGUGGAGUUCGCGCCCGUGAUCGAGCCGGACUCGCACUGCGCGGCGGCGGCGGCGGCGGCGGCGGGGGGGGCGGCGGCGGGGGGCGACGCGCUCCGCUGUGUCUGCUCGGUGCGGGCCAACCCGCCCGCCGCCGUGGCCUUCGAGCUGCCGCUGCGCAACGUGACGAUGAACGAGACGGAGCGGGAGUUCGUCUACGCGGAGCGUGCGGGGCUGCUGCUGACCAGCGUCCUCACCCUGCGCGGCCUGGCCCAGCCGCCACGGGUCAUCUGCUCCGCACACAACCGCCUGGGCACGCAAACCCUGGAGCUGCCCCUGCAGGGAGCCAACCGGCUGAUGUGGGCCAAGAUCGGGCCCGUGGGGGCAGUGGUCGCUUUCGCUAUCCUCAUCGCCGUCGUCUGCUACAUCACCCAGACCCGCCGGAGGAAAAAUUUACCGGAAAGUCCCAGCUUCGGCCCCACCGAGCUCCCGCCGGUUCUGUGUAGCAGUGACUUCCGCGUCCCGGGACGGGGCAAGGGCGAGCCUCAGCACAUCUCUCCCUUGCAGACCCACUAAACGGCAGGCCGGCUGGAGCCAGGGUCCGAAGAGGCGGAGCCAGAACGGCGGGAGGAGCCCCCGGACCGGGACCGGAACGACGGCGCCGGGGACCUCGGGCUGCUCUGUGCCCAAACCCCCUCGCCGUGGUCAAGCCCGCGGAGAUUCAGGUCGCCGCCGCCCCAUUUCUCAGCGCCGAGGCAGCAGAGCCCCUAGCUCCGGCCGCGACCCCCGGCGGCGGGGCGCUGGGUUUAGGCAGGGCCCCAGGCAGCCUGUCCCUCGGCCUCUCCGCCGCCUCCCUGGACCGUCCCUGCCUGCCUGCCUGCCUGCCUGCCGACCCACCUACCCACCGGCCCAGCCCAGCCCGCCCUUCCCAGCCCCGACUGUCCGUCCCGCCGGCAGCGGGCUCCGCGAUAUUUAUUGGCCCCGCCCCCGCCCCUCCCUCCGUGUCCGCCGUGUCCCCCGCCCCCCACCCCCCGCGCGGCAGGAUGGAGUCCGUUCGACAGUAAAGGCGUCCGAGGCGGCUCGGU